UCAGUUUAUCCAGUCAUGAAAACAGAGAGGCAUUUUGUUAAGGCACGUACAACAAAAUCAGUGUGUGAAAUUGGUGGAUUUACCCUUUAAGUUUCUAAUAACUGGAGUUAUUAGAGGAAAGUAGUAAAGUAAAAAUUCAAUAUCCAACCCCGGAAUGUGAUGGAAACGACAUAUAAGAUAUCAGAUAGAAAGAUGCAGAUAUCUAUGAUUCAGUUUGGAACAAACACAAUGAUGAGAGGCAUGAAUUUUGCAGGGACAACAGUAGUUUUCCCAUAAUGCAUCCCACCACAAGUCAAUAAACCACAGAAACUCCUCCGAGAGAGAAAGCUCAUUAUCUAUAAAGUCAUUAGUGAGUGCGGGUCCUCUCCACAGCAGCGCUGGUUCCCCCUCCUCUCCUCGGUCCGGAUCUGUGUGCAGGAGGAAGCUGUGAGCUCAUCAAGGUCGGAGGACACGCCCUUAACUUCUGGAGCGGGUGCAGUAGGUGCACAUGCUGCUUCCUCAGCCGGUGAUCCGCCUCGUGUGUGUGUGUGUGUGUGUGUGUGUGUGUGUGUGGAGAGAGAGAGAGAGAGAGAGAGAGAGAGAGAGAGAGAGAGGCAGCGACACGCAUUCAGGGGUGGGAACUUGUAUUAUUUCUCCCCUUCCUCCUCCUCCUCCUCCUCGUCCUCCUCCUCUUCUUUUGCGCAUCCACCGCCCGCCGCCACCACCGCCGUCGAGCCCAGCCUGCCCGCCUUCAGCUCCCUGUGGUCCCGCAGACCGGAGGGGGGGAAUCCACCUGCCUGCCGGAGAGCGGAGCGGACACACCUCGGGAAUGGACGCCCUCAAAUCCGCCGGCAGAGCGAUCAUCAAGAGCCCGGGAGUUCCGAGGCACACAUGGGGAACUUCAAAGCACGAAAAGCUGCCGGAGAAUUGGACGGACACCAAGGAGACUCUGCUGGAGGGGAUGGUGUUCAACGUGAAGUACCUGGGAAUGACUCUGGUGGGCCAGCCCAAGGGAGAGGACAUGGCCUCGGCUGCCAUUCGCAGAAUCGUCGCCAUGGCCAGAGCCAGCGCUAAGAAGUUUCGGAAGGUAACGCUGACGGUCUCGCCCAAAGGCAUCAUCAUCACAGACACAGAGACUACAGACCUCAUAGAAAAUGUCUCCAUAUACAGAAUCUCGUACUGCACAGCGGAUAAAACUCAGGAUAAGGUCUUCGCGUACGUCUCCCAGAGUCAGUUCAACGAGACCUUGGAGUGCCACGCGUUCCUCUGCCAAAAGAAGAAGAUUGCUCAGGCGGUGACACUAACGGUAGCCCAGGCCUUCAAAGUGGCCCUCGAUCUUUGGGAGAUUGCUCAGGAAGGGAAAAGCAAGAAGGCGAGGACCUGCUGCUCUUGUGCGGCGAGCAACGGCCAGACGGAGACGACGAACGGCGCUCCGUGUGUCCCCGCGGAUCCAGAGGCACACAAGCCCGCCGGGAUGGAGGAGAAGCUCCGGAGGCCCAUCUUCGCCGCGUCGCUCAGCUCGCCCUCACCUCGGAGUAACCCCACCCGGAGACGACCGAUCAAACACGACUCCUGGCAGGACGUGGACGACGGACUCGAAGAUGCAUUCUCAAGCAACAUGGAAGUAGAGGAGAUGGACACCGACUGGCCGAGUCCCGCUCCAAACCCGUCACUGACGAUGCAGCUCUGAGUCGGCAGGAAGUCUCCGAGGAGAAUCUGUUUUCUAUCCGCAACAACGGGUUUGAAUAACACGCGCACGGUCCGGAGCUGCCAAACUCGCAGCACCACAGAAAAUUAGGCAGAAAUCAGAACCACGGGCCCCAACAAGGAGACCAACAAACGACGCAAAACAGCAUUCAUCACUUGGACAAACAGAGAAAAAAAACACGUCACGCUUCCCCGGUGCACAACCUGAAUCAAAGAGGCUCUGUUUGAUAUCUGGCGGCUGCUGCAGAGAGGCCAGAAUGAAAACCCUGAUAUCAUAAACUGCUAUUUCUGUGAAUGCCUGCCAGUCAACACACACGCACUCCCCUCAGUGUAAACGGCCAUCUCCAGACAUAUUCAAAUUCUAACAAACUGCCAGAUGAAAGACGGAGCACACAACACUGCGAGGCGAGCGAGGACGACACAUCUCCACUCCAAGGAAGUUCUUGCAGAAGAUCGUGGGAUGAACGCUGUCUCCUUUUUAAUCUAAAAAAGAAAAAGUACUUUCACAUGUGGCAUUCCGCUUGUAAAUUCAUUUGAAGAUUUCCUCUGCGUCAAAAAGUCCAGAAAUGUGUGUGUAUAUAAGGCUGUCGCCUCCUCUCUGAUCUUGGCGUUUUGAUUGAUAGAAUAGCAGCCGUCGGUCUCAGCAGCCACUGGAAGAAGUCCAGCGUUAGACGACUUCAGCAAAACACGGUGCAAAUCUUCAGCUGUGAUGUCGGAUGAUUUAGACGUUCACCAUUUAGUUUGCUGUGAUUCAACCGUGUUAUAAGCAUACAGACACACUGUACUCGUGGGUCAUCUUUUUGUCGAUUGCAAAAUAAUUGUUGUUGUCACGAAAGGACAGAAUCAGCGUUGGCAAAUGAGGAAAUGUGGCUGAAAGAGUCGCACAGUGUCAAAUCAAACAUAAGCUCAGUUGUUUUAUUUUUAUUUUUCAGCCGUUAAAAAACGAAACAAAACCCAAGGAAUGCUUGCUUUUUUAAAACCUCAUCUCAUGGCCUUCCUCAGCCGACAGAUUUAUUCAGUUUUCAUGCAGGUGAAGGGUGUUAGACUGCAACCCAAUCACUGGAGUCAGUGUUGGCGGUGUAUAUCUCUGCAAACCAAGGAUAUGUUGAUACAUUUGUUUAAGUUGCAACUGUUGGCAACUGUUUUAGUCUUAUAUCACUGACAAGGCUGUGCUCAUGGUCUGCCUAGGGUUUAGGCACUAAAACCACUUGGUUAGGUUUAGGAAAAGAUCAUGUUUUGGCUCAGAGUACCUGUUUUGGUCGCCAAAAACACAGCUGGAAAUUGUUCCAUGUUGUCCUUGGGGCGGCCGUUGCUCACGAGCGGGUCGUCUAGUAAUCUGAAGGUCAAUGGUUCGAAUCCUGGCUCCCCCUAGCCACAUGUCGAAGUGUCCUUGAGCAAGAUACUGAGCCCCAAAUGUACCAUUUCACACUUUGAAAUGUUGAAACACGGUCUCAAACUGGCAGUCUGCUACCAUUCCCUCCACCUCCGGAUAUGAAAGUCAGGUCAUUAACACGCAAUGUGAACUUGAUAUCAUACAUUUUGCGGAAAAAUGUCAACAUGCCUGUGACGUGUACAAACGUGUGGUUUGCAGAACUGUAAACUGCCGUCGUUUUCUCCUGGCGACUGGGCGGUAUAGCAGGUGGUGAAGUGGCAUCAGGUCAUAAAGAUGAUCGAAACUCAUCAAUAUUAAUUAAUCACGUCGAGGCAGAAUUUAGUUUAGUCUCAUUCUGGACAUGUGAUAACAAACCAAACCAUCACCAUGGCAACUGAGCAACAUUUCCUGCUGAGGUAGGCCUUGAGAUGCUUUGGACCUUGAAGCUCUCUGUGGUUAUUCCGUGGUGUAAGACAUUUACAGCUACUCUGUUCAGUCUGUCCGAUUAUUGGAGCGGCAGCGCAGUAAACGAGAGUUUAGGGACCAUCAGCGAUGCUCUUCACGUUUAAAGGGGUACUCCAGUGGUUUAGCGCCGCAAAUUCAUUCAGUUGAGGGACUCAAAAGAGACCGAUUAUGUAAGGAAGAAUUUGAAGCAACAGAGGCCAAGAUAUCCUCACCUGCAGUCCCUAGUCUGGGCCAGCCUCCUUAAUCAGUAGAACGAGAGAAGAAAAAGGAAAAGGUAAACAAACCUUAACCAGGUUUUAAAGAUCCAUUCAAAAAACAAACAAGACGAGCCUCACUGUUGUUGAUUCAGCAGUCAACACCACUCAUCCAUUGUUCACCCUUGCCUCAUGUAAACAAUGUCAAUAGAGAGUCAAUUUUUGCGAAAACACAACCGCAAACAUGUCUCUUGCAGAGGCGGACUGACGCCCCUGUGACAGUCGAGUCCAGCGCCGUCUCACUUCAACACGUAACCAAAAUGUCAAGACCAGUUUCCGCUCAGCCGGCUGUACAUAAGGAUUACGUCAAUGUCGCAGAAUAGUGAUGGUGUUAAGGUCGAGAGGUCAACUGUAUGGCGAGGCCAAACUUAUUAGAGUAAAGAAACAUAUUUCCGUACGCUGUAUUUUUUCAACGUCAGAGCUGUGUCAUUUAUGUACGCGCACUGUAUCACUGUAAACGACAUAGGACGAAUAGAAUCAGGGUUUUUUUUUUUUUUUUCUUUUUCAAAUGAUUAUUGCUCUUGUUGAGAUGUGAGUGUGUAGAUGCCUGUGUGUUUCGCAUUAGGUUAGAUGAUUUGUACAAAUAUAAUGUGAUUUUUGAUUCAACAGGGAUUCGCUUUAUCUUUUUUUUUUUUGCUUCGAAAUAUCCAUUAGCAACCCACGUGCCGUAUACAACACAUGAAUUAUCCUGUUCUCAAGUCGCUAAUCGCCUUUUUUUCACACAUUUCCCACUCUGUGCCACACAACACGCCCUCCGUCCCCUUCGCCCUCCGCAAAUUAUUUUUAUCCGCCCGCUCGGAAGAUGUUCGCUGUCAAGAGGAUAUUAUAUUGCGCCUCAGUCUGGCUGAAGUGGUCUUUUCUCUCUGUAUUCAUGGCAUCGGGGCUGAGAAUCAUUGUGACGGCACGGGGGGGGGGGGGAGGUGGGAGGGUGGCGGGGGACUCGGUGGUGUUGUCAUGACACCCGCUGCCGAAUAAUUGGAUGGCUUAUCGGGUUACGCCACGAAGCUUAAUUGCAUUGUUUCGUUCCUGACUGGCAGAAACGGCGGCCGACACUGCAUAUUCGAAAAAAAAUAAAAGGGAAGGGAGAGGAUAUCAAAAAUAGCCCUCCAGCACGUCUGUGUUCGCACCUCAGCAUCGACUGUGAAGUUGAAGGUCAGAAUGCGGCGGCGUCAUUUUGCCUCACCUUCUUUCUCACAAGCAGAAGCGAUUUUUGCCGCGUUUUCCAACCUUUAUCUGCUCCGUCAUUGACCGAACUGAUUGAUUCAUGCUUCAGUAUAUCCGCUGAUUCAGUGCUAUGGAGUGAUAUCUGGAGAUGGGUCCAGGAGCUCUCAGACCCUGAAUCGGUUUUCAAUAACAGCAAACCAGAAGCCGGUUGUGAUUGUUUCUGUCUGUUUCUGCACGGUUUCACCACGAGGCAGCGCCGGUCGAUAUAUCACACUUGGAUCGCCUAGUGUUGCCCUUCCCUGAUCGAUUUUCAAGCAAUCCCUCGUCCUUAUUUAGAACUGAUGGAUCCCUUGUAUGAGUUAUGUUAUGGGGAUGGAAUUGAUCUGCUGCACUGUACAGGCACCCAAGAGUUUUGUUCCGCCGUAGCCAGGAUGAUGUUGUACAGCGCGCUGAUGUGGCCAGAUUCCCAGCAAAAUCUCGCAAAUCUUUUGGCGCGGGCGAGACUUUUUGUUUCCCAUGCAGGAGGGGGCACUCGGAGGUGUAACCAGCCAAUUUUUGAGUCUGGAGUGAACUGAAUACAAAUCAGCCUGUGGCGGUUCGAGGCCAGGAAUCAUUUGAGGCUUGUAAAAAAAAACAAAAAAUGGGGAAAGAGGAGAAUCGUCUGAUAAGCUAUUUACUACCCAAAUUAACCACUGACGUUUACAGUAUCGGUUUACUCUUUCAAAGAAGGUGCUUAUUUUCUAUCUAUGCAAUUAGUGGGUUUCCAGCUGUGUUGUGAUAUUAUGAUAAUAGGAAUUUGUGUGAACACCGCGAGCAGUCGUCCUGAGCUGUGUAAAAACAUGUACAGAAUUUGGAAACUGUUAUGGUUUGUUACAUAUUUAUGCUUAAUAAAAGACUUUGUACAAAACUGUCA